AAAAGCUGCGGUUUGAAAUUUUUCUUCUGCACCUAAAUUUUCUGGUUCAGAUGAGUUCAGUGAGAAGCGCUAAACGUCCAAAUUUACGGAAAAGCACACUUAGCGAUUCAGUUUCUUCAACUUUCGUUUUAAGUGAAGCCAUGUUGAGAAGAAGCCAAAGACUUCAGUCUAACGGCUAUUACGGCAGCCAAGGAGAGCCGUUAAUCUCCUACAAGGAGACUUUACACAGAGUUUUCAAAUGGCGACGGCCCCGUCCAGUCCCUGACAAUAUUGACCAAGACACAGUUGAAUACAACACUGUUGACUGUGACACUGUGGACUGCAAUAACAAUGAUUUUGUUGACUACAGUAGUGGCAGCAGCAGAGGUCUCUUUAGAGCCAUCAAGGCAUUGAGACCUUUGGUCCUCAUGCUGGCCUUGUGUUUUGGAUUGAUUUUCAGUAUUGGAGGGCUGAAAAUGGACUUUUCCACCCCGUUCAUGAGUGAGUACUUAAUGAAUAGACAUGAACAGGUGGAAAGGAAGGCACAAGAGCUGCAAAGGGAGUUAAUGGACUUAAGAAAAAGAAUUGACUUCCUUCUUCCAGUUGGGGACAGGAUGCCCAACUUUGCUCUGGAGGAACUGGGAGCAAAGAUUGUUAAAGAACAGUCUUCAGCAUCCUACCUUUCAGAACAGGGUGGAUUGAAGCUGUGGGGGCUUACAUUGAUACCCGCAAAACCACCCCGUGUAAGCUCAAGAGUCGUUAUUCAGGGUCGAGCACCCAUGCUCCCAGGAGUGUGUUGGAGUUUUGCGGGUUCCCAGGGACAUUUAACAAUUAAGCUGUCACACAGCAUCGCCAUCAGUCAUGUGACACUGGGUCACAUUUCUAAGAUGGUGUCACCAUCUGGAAAGGUCUCCAGUGCUCCCAGGAUGUUUUCAGUGUUUGGAAAGAGAGCAUUAGACGACAGUGGUGUCCACCUGGGAACAUUCGUCUAUGAUGAAAAUGGAGAUCCACUCCAAACAUUCAGGAUACCCGACGACAAAGUAGACGUCAUUCGCUUCAUUACGCUGCAUGUGUUGAACAACUGGGGCAAUCCUGAGUAUUCCUGUCUGUACAAGUUCCGAGUUCAUGGAAAGCUGGCAUAACUAGCUUCCCAUGAACUCCAUCUAUAAAAGAAAAGAGAGGAAAAAUGUGAAAGUGAAUCAGACUGCAACACAUAUUUAAAUAAUUGUAUUUGAAAAAAUUUGUCAAUUUAACCCAUUUUUUUCCUCCAGCGAACGUCCAUCCUACCAGGUAAGACAUGUCUGUUUAAGAUGUUUACAGUCUGAUUCACCUCAUCCCCAACCAGCCGUGGCAGAGGGCUUGCCCCUCCCUGAGCCUGGCUCUGCCAGAGGUUUCUUCCUGUU